CCCUCUCCUCUCCUCUCCUCUCCUCCAAAAAUCCAAACUAGGCUUUUCUCAUCUACUCUCUCUCUCUCUCUCUCUCUCUCUCUCAUGGUUAAUUCAAACCCCACAAAAAAGACCAUGAAAACAUCUACAACCACCAUAGCCAAUACAGCUUCAUGGUACUGUGCUAUUGUUGUUGUUGCCCUCAUCAUGUUAAGCUGCUCUUUUGAAGUACUAGAAAAGGAGCAAGGCUACUACUCUCUCAUCACCAUGGCUGAUGAUGAUGAUGAUAAUGUUAGUCUCGGAGGGAACCACCAGCUCUUCAUGUCGAACCCUCGACGACCUUGCGACGAAAUCUACGUUGUCGGAGAGGGAGAAACGCUUCACACGAUCAGCGACAAGUGCGGCGACCCUUUUAUAGUUGAGAAAAACCCUCAUAUUCAUGACCCUGACGAUGUCUUCCCUGGACUUGUUAUCAAGAUCACUCCUUCAUUACUCUAGUUCUAGGGCUUUUUUGUUAUUUUUCUUUUUCUUUGAAUAGCUCAGUACUGUGUUUGGUUAAUAAGAAAAUGAUUAUGAGUACUGUGUUUGCUUGUCGGUGUGUAUGCAAAACUAACCAAGUGUUCAAAUUUCUAUUUUCAUAAGUUCAAAAAAAAAUUUCUUUUUUCUUAAA